UUUAGUUAUAAGGCGAUAGAGUGAAGUGGACAUGGUAUACGGUGAGAUUUUAUUCGUCUCUCAUUAAUGCUGUUGGCAUUAUCACAUACACAUACAUAAAUAUAAACAAUAACAGUGUAAUUGAAGUAGUCACUUAUGAGGAAUGUUUGUUCAACUAUGCCCUACGUAGUUAACCACUUGUAUACUUUUUGUUCAAAUAAAAAUUUGGCAGGAAAUGUGCUUCUAGCAGCUUAUGGUUUUAUCAGAAGGAACUGAGUAUUUGCACUCUAAAUGGGAAACACUUAAAUUCUAGAUUGUUUUAUGUAGGACCCUUUUAUUCUAACAAAACAGAUUUCAAAACAUUGCUUUCAUAAAAUCAUGUAAACGAAUUCAGUGAAAAAUUUUAUACAUUUUGAGACUGUGGGAUAAAUUAAUGAAAAACCAAAACCACCUCGAUACGGACAAUCAAUGUAAAAAUACAGAUUUAUAACUUUACAACUAUCUGCUUUCCUACUGAAGACUACUAUCUUGGAAUAUGUAAUCAAUGGAAAUCGCCUGGAAUAAUAAUAAUACACAUACAGUUGAUUCGUCAGUAGCAAACACUACUGACACUGUUUCCACCACAAACAACACCGUUGAUCAUACUAAAACCAAAAACAUUAUCCUGGACAGCGGUAGUAAUAUUCUAAUUAAUGAUGGAGUAUCGGGAAAUGAUGUCAAUGUUAAAAACAGUGAUGAGGGUGAACUUACUUUUCGGAAACCAUGUCGUAAAACAACAAAUUCUAAUUUAUUAAAGUCAAAAGCAUUCUGUAAAAGCUUACGCAGAUUUCUAGGUCGAAAUCGACCCCUGAAACAAUUAACAGACACUCCCAAAAGUCGUUCAGCGUCAAAUAAUCAGCUCACUAGUGUUGAUCAUAUUUCAAUACAUAGCCAUGAUUCAGUAACAGCCAUCUUAGAAACGUCCGUCAACAUACCAGCAUUUCUUCGAGCUCGUAAGCAUUAUAGUCGUGUCGUACUGAAUGUGGGCGGUGAACGACAUGAAGUAAUGUGGAAGACACUCAGACGUCUACCGUUAUCUCGUCUUGGUCGGUUGAGUAUCUCAAAUAAUCCUGCAGAACUAGCUCGGCUGUUUGAUAAUUACUCAGUUGAGAAAAAUGAAUUAUAUUUUGAUCGGUAUGCACGUUCAUUUGGUUCAAUCCUUGGUGUUUAUCGUACAGGACACUUACAUUUUCUGGAAGAUAUUUGUGUGGUGGCUUUUAAAAAUGAUUUAUUUUACUGGGGUAUAGAUGAAUAUCAAUUAGAAACAUGUUGUUAUUAUAAAUAUUAUCUGAAAAAGGAACAAGUCCAAGAAGAAUUAAAAAAAACGAGAGAAAUAAGCUUAUCUCAGGCGCAAGAAGAACAGUUUGGUACAGGAAGGUUGGCUGCAUUACAAAAGUAUAUAUGGGACUUGGUUGAAAAACCUCAAACUUCAAUGGCUGCUAGAAUAUUCGCUGUAAUUUCAAUAUUUUUUAUCAUAUUAUCAAUAAUUGGAUUGAAUUUAAGUACUAUACCUGAACUACGUGGAAAUUCAUCUGGAAUUAUCUUUGAUAAUAAUACCAUUAGUAUUACAGACCAUGUAAAUGAACGUUUAGAAGCUUUAGAAUCAAUUUGUACAAUAUGGUUUACAUUUGAAUACGCAUUACGCUUAUUAGUUGCACCAAAUAAAUGUACUUUUAUUAAAAGUCCUAUGAAUCUUAUCGAUGUGAUUGCAAUAUUACCUUAUUAUUUUUCUGUAAUUUUCGAAGUAUGGCUUCAUUCACCAUUAGACUCACUUGUAUCUAUGCGUAAAAUUGUACAAAUGUUUCGUAUUCUACGUAUAUUACGUGUAUUUAAAUUAGCACGUCAUUCACAAGGUCUUCAAGCACUUGGAUAUACAUUAAAGCAAUCCUAUAAGGAAUUAGGUUUAUUAAUGUUAUUUGUCAUACUUGUUGUUCUAUUAUUUUCAAGUUUAGCUUAUUUUGCUGAAAAAGAUGAUAAUAAGAAUGAGUUCCAAAGCAUACCGGCUACAUUUUGGUGGGCUAUCAUCACAAUGACAACAGUUGGUUAUGGUGAUAUUACACCAAAAACAGUACUAGGUAAAGUGAUUGGAUCAAUAUGUUGCAUAUGUGGUGUACUUGUUGUCGGUCUACCAAUUCCAAUUAUUGUUAAUAAUUUCGCUGCAUUUUACCAUGAUCAAAUGAGGCGGGAAAAAGUGUUAAAACGACAAGAAGCUCAUAAUGAUGGUUGUCGUUUGGGAAACACAAAUUUUCUAACCAAAUCAACCACAAAACAAAAAACAUUGUGUAGUAAAAGAAAUUGCAUCAUGACUAGAGAUCGUUAUUCAUUAGGUGCAAUACAAUCAGAAAAUACUAUUGAUCGUGGUUGUCACAGUAACUAUGAUAGCUCUUAUCACAAAAUGACAAGUGGGAAGGAAAUAGGUGUUAUUAAUCCUAAUUGCAAUUUGAUUAAAUAUAAACAAAUUAGUUGGAGUGUGAAUGAUGUCGAUAAUAUGGUUUAUGCUUAACAUUGCUCAUGACGUAUUUUGUUUCCAGUGCUAUGUCUAGAAAUUGGAACAGAUCAUACGAACAAGAUCAGCUUGAUCCCUUUUUUCGCCAUCUCUUUAAUUAUCUCUUAAACGAUUUUUUAUUUAUUUUUACUGAAUCACUGUUUACCUUUCAGUUAACCCAUGUUAUCAACCAGUCAUAAGAGCAAACAAAUACCUAAAUUCAUUUUUUUUUGUUCUUACAAUUGUUUGUACGAAAUAUCAGAAUUUCAAGUGAAUGAUGAAACAGAUUCUCUACAUGUACAAAUAGUAUCAUUUAUUCAAUUUAAUUCAAUGCUUUUUUUCUUGUCAGGGGAAGGGAGUUGACAAUAGAAAAACUAGUUUGAUUGUAACAACAUAGUUAAUAAGAAAUCCCUUGAAUAUGCCCACUUCAUUUAUGGGAUAAUAUUGUUUCACUUUGAUUGC